AUCGUGGCAGGGGAGGGCCCUGACCGCUCCGUCGCUCGCUCGGCUCGGCUCACGUCGCUGCCCCACCCCGUAUCCGGGCGCGUGUGUCGCCGCCCGGCCGCGCGGCGUGCGCCACUCGGUACCCGACGCUUCUCGAUCGCACUCCGGCCGGCGAUCUAUCCACCCAGUCACCUCACCUCACCCGCCUAGGCAUCCAGUCUAAAAACAAAGCGUGGAAGGAAGCUAGUGGCAGCGCCGUAUCCAACGAACGAGCAUGGGGGCGUUGGCGGCGUCGAUCGCGUCGCACGUGCCGUCGGGGAUGCUGAGCGCGGGGCUGGCGGCGCUGGCGGCGCUGCCGAACCCCGGCGAGCUGGUGCGGAAGGCGGCGCGGCUGGAGGACGAGCUGCGGGAGCUGCUCCGGCUGAACGGCCGUGGCGCCGGGGCGGGGGCGGGGCCGGAGCAGGGGGCGCAGCAGACGCGGGAGCGGUUCCUGCGCGCGUACGAGCGGCUCAAGGACGAGCUCCUCAACGACCGCGCCUUCAACUUCGACUUCACCGACGAGACCAGGCAGUGGGUCGCCAAGAUGCUGGACUACAACGUGCCUGGAGGGAAGCUGAACCGGGGGCUGUCGGUGAUCGACAGCUACAUGCUGCUGCGCGAAGGGACGGAGGUUGACGACGAGGACUUCUACCUCGCCUGCGUGCUCGGGUGGUGCAUCGAAUGGCUCCAGGCGUCUGCGCUGGUGCUGGAUGAUAUCACGGACAACGCCUACACGAGGCGGGACAACCUCUGCUGGUACAAGCUGCCCACCGUUGGUCUGUCUGCGAUAAACGACGGUGUGCUGCUGAAAUGCCACGUCCAGGCCAUCAUCAAGCGCUACUUCAAGGAGAAGUUCUACUUCAUGGAGCUCAUGGAGCUAUGGAACGAGAUUGGGUUGCAGACCGCCAUGGGGCAGAUGCUGGACCUCAUCACCACCCACACCGGCGCCAAGGAUCUCGCCAGAUACAGGAUCCAAGGGUACCGCCGCAUUGUCAAGUACAAGACGUCCUACUACUCCUUCUACCUGCCGGUUGCCUGCGCGCUGCUCUUGAAUGGCGCGAAGCUGAGCGACUACGUCGAGCUGAAAAAUGUACUGAUUGAGAUGGGAGUCUACUUUCAGAUACAGGAUGACUACCUGGAUUGCUUCGGUGACCCUCAAGUUAUUGGCAAGGUUGGAACAGACAUAGAAGACUACAAGUGCUCCUGGCUAAUUGUCCAGGCUAUGGAACUGGCUAAUGAGAACGAGAUGAAAAUACUAUACGAGAACUAUGGCAAGUCUUCCCCAGAAUGUGUCGCAGCAGUGAAGAAUGUUUAUAAGGAGCUUGAUCUUCAGGACAUAUUCUUGGAGUACGAGUCAAGAGUUUACAAGCACCUGGUUUCAACCAUCGACGCUGAACCGGAUCGUGCGAUUCGGGAGAUUUUAAAGAUCUUUUUGAAGAAGAUUUAUAGGAGAAAGAAGUAGACGAUCCUUUCCUGUUUUCAUAACUAUGAUUACUAUGGAGAAACCUUAAAUACAGUACAUUCCACGGAUGGGGAUGUCAUGCGCUCCCUUGUACAACAUGUAUGAUAUGAACUGGAGAAGGCACUGCCUAGCCUUGGGAUAAAGACCAGGAAGCAUUAAGAAUUA